AUGGCAGCCACCACGGUGACGGACGCCGGCAGCGUGAGGAUCAUCACGGAGGUGAUCCCGGCCACGGAUCCCCGGGCGGCCCAGCUGGCCUCAGGCUCCCAGGCACCUGCCAGGACCUCAUUCCAAACACAAGGCUUCCGCAGGGCUCAUCCCAAGGUGUUGGGGACCAUCCACAUCUUCACUGGAAUUGUCCACAUCUGCUCCGGCAUCAUCCUGACACUGUCAGAGCACAGGAACCCUUCCCUCCCUGUGGCCAGCGGGGUCUUCUUCUGGCUGGGGAUCCUGCUCCUGAUCUCGGGCUCAUUGCUGGUGGAAAGUGAAAGGAGAGACAGCCCUGUGCUGGUCAAGGCCUGCUGCAUGCUCAGUGUGGGCAUUGUCCUGGGCACACUGGUGGCCAUUGGGAUUCAUGGCACGGCCAUCACCCAGAUCACGCCCGGCUGUGGGAAACCCGAACCCUUCCAGACCCGCCCAGAAUGGUGCCUCCACAUGGAGAGCAAGAAGCUGAGCAACGGCCUGGAUUCCAUCCUGGCGCUGCUCGGCCUCCUGGAAUUCUGCGUGGCCGUGGCGGUUCUGGCAUUCGGAUACGACACGGUCCGGCAGCACACGUACACCCAGCUGGUGAGGGAGGCGGCAAUCCUGCAAAUCCCGGGAAUGCUGAUCCACUCCUUCCUCCCGUGUCCCUCCCGGACAUUUCCCUGGAUUUCCCUGUGUUUGCUUCCCCAGGCGCUGUAG